CGUCAUCGUCGUUGAAAUCAGAGUGAGAGCAACAAAAAUGUCAGGCCCGCAGUGCUGCUCGAACCCACCGUCUCUAAACCCCACCAGCGGCGCCGGCCAUGUCGAACAACUCGGCGGCCUCAGCGCCUAUGUCAGUGGCGCCCCCGACUCCAAAAACGCCGUCAUUUUCAUCACCGAUGUCUAUGGAUAUGAAGCUCCACUUUUAAGGAAGCUAGCAGAUAAGGUUGCAGCUGCUGGGUUCUUUGUGGUUGCUCCUGAUUUCUUCAAGGGAGAUCCAUUUGUUGCAAAUGAUCCUAAUAGGCCAAUUAAAGAGUGGCUACAAGAACAUGGACCUGAGAAGUCUUUUGAUGAUGGGAAGGCAGUCGUUGAAGCUCUGAAAAGCAAAGGUAUUUCGGCGAUCGGAGCGGUCGGCAUUUGUUGGGGUGCCAAGGUUGUGGUUGCACUUGCAAAGGUCGAGUUGAUUCAAGCUGCUGUGUUGCUUCAUCCGUCUUUGGUUACUGUCGAUGACAUCAAAGAGGUCAAAGCUCACGUUUCAGUGCUAGGGGCGGAGAUCGAUCAUAUGUCUCCUCCAGAACUCUUGAAACAGUUUGAAGAGGCCUUGGCUGCAAAGCCCGAGGUUGAUGCGUUCGUGAAGAUCUUUCCGAAAGUCUCUCAUGGGUGGACUGUGAGGUACAAUGUUGAAGAUGAAGAGGCUGUCAAAUGUGCAGAUGAGGCUCAUGGAGACUUGUUGGCUUGGUUUACUAAGUACCUUAAGUAAUUGAUGAACUGCCAUUUCUAGCCUUAUUGCUACUGACACUGUGUGUUGUUUGCCGUUUUACUCUUGAAGCUUUUAGAAUAACAAGUUUGGAAUAAAUUUGGAAC